GUUUGGACGGUCGGCCUGCUGCCAGAUGUCGAUGGCGGAUUGGUUUUCGAUGGUCUCUCCCUCGAGGGGGAUCAAGUUUGAGUUGGUUGAUCGACAUGCCCCCACUGCUUGGGUGAUCGAUCUUAAGGAUCAUCGGGCGACAUAUCGGGGAAGGGUAAUGGAGGACCGAACUGAUGAGCGUGGACGUCUGACGAGAGGAGUUCUACGACGCAUGGAGCUGAGCUUCAACUUACCACCUUCGGUGCGCUGUGGACCGGGCACUGGCCAGAGACCACCUUCACAACCUUCACCUUCAUCUGACGAGGAGGAUCCAUCUGAGAUCGAGGCUGAUACUGAGGCACCUGUCGCGCCACUUCCUCCUACUGCUGUCGAUCCUACCGACGUUGUGUCGUCCUCGAGGCUCGUGGAGCCGAAGAGGGAGCCUUAUGUUCCAUCUGCCUCUCGUCGUUUUCCGUCUACUCCAUCACGUGGCUACCGCGUGGAACCCCUGGUGCGUGUGGUGGAGGAGGAUGUCCUUUUAGAGGAGGUAGAUGUUGAGAUGGGUUCGACUAGGGUCGUACGCAGGACAGUCAGGAGGAGGUUGUGGAUUUGGACGCGGAGAUAAUCAUGGUGGACUCCGACACUGACGUCGAUUGCUACUUCGCGAGCGACGAGGAGGAGGAGGAGGAGUAUUGAGCGGUACUGGAGGGUAGGUUUAGGCAGGAGUCAUAUUUUUAGUGUAGAGCUCUGAUUCGUUUUGUUUUGGAACAGGGUAGGUUCCCGACGCAUAGCUUUUUGUGUGGUUCUCUUGCUGGAGGAUCACAGAGAGUUAGUCGGACUGUAGGGUUCUUGUCUAGGUCAUUUUGGGGCUGACUUUCUUCUGGAGGAUUGUAAUUAUAACUUUAUCACUCACGUUUCUGGAUCUGUAAAUAUUUGCCUGUGGGCACACUACUUGAAGUCACUGCGAGUGCGCGUGACGUUGGAGUGCAGCUGAGGCUGUACCUGUUUAUAUGAUGUACAUCGGUUAGGUUUAAAUUGCGGGAUUAUGUCUUUAUCUUUAUGACGUUUUCAUUUCAACAAAAGAAACAAACGAAAAAAAAAUACCUGUUUUUCGCUUAAAGUUUAUUUUUAAGUUACUUAAGUGACACCUGAAAAUCGGGGUGUUACAGAUAGCUACCUAAAAAUCGGGGUGUUAUAGAUAGCUUGUAGCACUCGAGCGCCCGACAAUUAGCGCUCGAGCGCCCUGUCAACAGAAGCUCCAAUGUUUGGAAUAAGGGUGUUAGUGUU